CCUCAAGUCAUGUUCUUUCAGCUACCCACAACCGAGCCACAUUGAGCGCCGGGAGCCGAGACAACCGAGAGAAAAGAAAAAGAAAGUGUCUCCCACACACUGCUUGAGCCAUUAUAAAGAGCCUCCAAAAAUAGCAGUCUUUGUUGUCUCACUGUGAACGCCAAUCACAUGCUAUUCCUCUCAUUCUGAAGUUAAUCUCCUCACUACAGAAAACUACAAAGUGUGAUCAGUCGCAACUACUCUUCGCUCAACUAGUAGAGAUCAGUUCCAUAUGAAAAUCAAUUCCAUAUUUAAUAUGAUAAACCAAGUUUAAUGCAAACACGAAGAGAUUUAGCAACCAUUUAACAUUUAGCCUAGCUAUAAAAGAUAAUUUAAUGUUUAGCCUAACAAACACAAUUGUGUUAGGUCUAGCAAACAUCAGAGAUAAAUUAGUCUUUAGUUAAAACAGGAACUUUAGCUUUUCAUACCUUUAGCAUUUUGAUAAUAGCUUUAGACCACCAGCAGGGUUUGCAUAACUAGCCAGUUAGCUGCAUAAGCUAACUAAAUAUACUGUAAAAUGAUGAUUGUAAAUUUAUAUGUGGAUUUGAAACAAAGCCAUUCUCAAUCAAGCCUCCCCUGAAACAAACUCUUCUUCACGCAUGUUUUCUUCUGCAUCUCGCUCUGUACUAGUUUAGAUUAGUUCAUUAGCAUAACCACUUAACAUAACUAAACUGCUGAUUCUGCUCUCAGUUCCUAGGUCUUUGAAUAAGCAUGAGUAAACAAGCAGGAAACACAUAACACAGUGGGAUUUCAUUUCAGAGUAUACAAUUAAAGCCUCAGGGUCUCACUGUAAAAAUGCUAGAGUUUGCAAAUCUUAUGUUGCCAUAACAACCUUGAACUUUGUUCAUCGUUAAUAUUUGCUAGGUUAGUUAUCAUUCAUUAAUUAAUGAGAUCUGAUAGUGUAGCACGUGCCAUCUGAUGAGGAAGAUAGUAAAAUAGCAGAAACAUGAUGCUUUGUCUUGACCAAGUCUUUAUCUUAUUGCUCUUCAAGAUUUCAGGCUCAAACCCGAAACCCAUUACCUUCAGUUUAUCAGCUGUGGCUGAUUAACCCUCAGAGUUUAGUGUGAAGUGAAGAAUGCAUUAACAGAAACGUUACAUUAGAGAUGGCCGGGUGUUGAUUUAGAGCGCGAGCCACGUUCGAUGUGACGUGAUGCACGUGACGUCAGUCCGGGCAUCGCGGCGACACGAGCUGCCCCGUAGUCCCCCCUUCACUCCCUCCCUCUCCAUCAACCCCGGGGAGACAUCCGUUCCAUGGUGAUCGGUUGCUAUAGAAAUGCUCGUUUUUUGGCGACAGAAUUAGAGACCGGGGGAGAGAGAGAGGGAGACAGAGAGAGUGGGAGGACGGGUCGUUAACAGAACGGAGACGUGGCAUGUCUGGUGUGAGGAGCGGUUGGGUCCCGUUUUGCCGGUUCGCACAUGGAAAAGCUGCUGUUCCUCUGCGGCGCGAGCGGCGAUUCGGCCACUGUGGUAAAUGUUGAGGACCCUGACACUAUGUUGCCCAAAUCCAGAAGAGCUCUCACAAUUCAGGAGAUCGCAGCACUCGCCAGAUCUUCUCUUCAUGGUAUAUCUCAGGUGGUGAAGGAUCACGUAACAAAGCCAACAGCGAUGGCGCAGGGACGUGUCGCUCACCUGAUUGAGUGGAAAGGAUGGUGCAAACCUACCGAUACUCCCAACGCCCUCGAGUCUGACUUUAACUCCUACUCAGAUCUGUCAGAGGGCGAGCAGGAGGCUCGCUUUGCUGCUGGUGUGGCGGAACAGUUUGCCAUCGCCGAGGCAAAACUUCGUGCCUGGUCUUCAGUAGACGGAGACGAAUCAAAUGAUGAUUCAUAUGAUGAAGACUUCCUGUCUGCUAAUGAGCCCACAACACAGAGUACAGAUCUCUCUUCGUACCCUCAUUACCUGCGUGACCUCAUACACACUCGGGUCUGCGAGGCUCGGAUGCGUGAAGCUGAAAGUGGAGUCGCAGUCGAUCUUUCGCCACCAGCGGGAUUGGCAGGGUCGCCCCCGGACACACUGGGGUCCAGCACGUGCAGCUUGGACGAGACAUACCCAUUGCUGCGUGAGCUUGGUCGCUGUGGUGACGACCUCACUGCCAAGAUCCUGGGUGCGCUGCAUGGCAGGGAGGACCUCCUGCUUUUAGCACGCCUCCAGAGGGCAGGGCAAAGGCAGGGCCAUUUGUUCUCUGAGAUGUUUGAAGAUGACGAUACGCCUUGCAAGGACUGUAGGAGUGGGGCUUGGUGCACGCGGGAAUAUUCCGCACGGAGGAAAGUUUCAGAUGUUGCUUCAUCCGGCGUGGUGUCACUUGAUGAGGAAGAUGAAGAUGAAGCAGACGAAGAUGCAGAAGAGGAAGAGGAGGAAAGAGAGCAGUGAACACUCGCUAUUCUAUUCCAGUCAUAACUCCAGUUCCUGUUGGGAAUGUUUGACUCGGCAUGUUUGUUUUAGACUCCGCCCCUCUCAUUUGCAUACAGACAGUUGUCUAAUGCCGACAAUAUCAUUUUUUUUUUGUUGUUGUUUUUUUACAGCGUCUCAACAAUCUUUUUGGCAGUGCGGCGGAAAGGAAGAGGUUGAACUUGAACUGGAGGCCAUGCCUAUAACCUUUGCAAGAAAAUUACAUCAAAAAUGGAUCAAGUGAAGAAAAUGUCAUAAACAAUGGAGAAAUGAAAGACUGAAAAUUUUCUUCUGCAUGUAUCGUAAGUCGAAUGCUCGAACGCUCGGAUUUGCACCGUCCAGUCUAUUUUUGCACGGUUUUGUGAAUUUUGGCUGUCUUGUUAUCUCCGCCCCUUUUCUCGAGAUCUCUGGCCCCAUUGCAUUCUGGGUCCUGGUUGCGCAUCCUUUGGGCAUGGCUGCUUGCUACAGAAACUCUUAUUGUAAUCUGCCAAAUUGUUCGCCGUCACAAUCAGCGACGAGAAAAUGCUGGAAUGUUGAAUAUUUGUAGUGUGAUGGGAAAAUGUAUUUUAAAACCAAGCAUAAAAAAUGAUUUUUUUCUUUUUUGGACUAAUUUUGUAAUCACUCAUUAUUAUUAUUAUUAUUAUUAUUAUUAUUAUUAUUAUUAUUAUUAUUAUUAUUAUUAUUAUUAUUAUAGUCACAGUAUCUCUUAAUUUCUCUUAAUAAUCUCGGUGUGUGGUGAAGAACAGAAAGGAUUUGUGUCGAGGACGUUUCAGGGUUUGUGGGAAAGUCGUUCUAUUUUUGUACAUGUGAUUUUUUGCGGCGUGUCUGUGAGCGUGCGAUGCGUCAGAAAAGCUCUUCUCUCUUUCUUUGUUACAGAAAAAAUAUGUUUUUUUUUUAUGGUGUCCUUCAGCUUUGUUUUUUAAGAGGAACAAUGUGACCAUGCUCGAUGUGACCUCUUGGAAAAACAUCUCAUUUUUUCUUUAUCCUCCAUAAAUGUCAAGUACUCUCUCUUUCUCACACACACACACACACACACACACACACACACACACACACACACACACACACACACACACACACACACACACACACACACAGAGA